ACCAUACAACCUUCUUUUGAACUUUUUAAACUUUCUGCUUUUCCUUUCAAAGACAAAAAUGGCAGCAAGUGAUGUGCCUUGCUGCGAGACCAUGUUCUGGAUGUAUCUAAUAGUAUGUAUUGCUCUUGUAUGUUUUGCUGGCCUUAUGUCAGGCCUUACCUUGGGGCUCAUGUCCCUCAGCCUGGUUGACCUGGAGGUCCUGGUCAAGGCCGGUCAGCCCCAAGACAGGAAGAAUGCAGAGAAAAUUCUACCAAUUGUUAAGAAUCAGCAUUUGCUCCUAUGUACUCUCCUUAUUGGCAAUGCCAUGGCAAUGGAGGCCCUUCCUAUCUUCCUGGAUCGGCUUCUCCCAGCGUGGGCUUCCAUACUGAUAUCAGUCACUCUAAUACUUGCAUUUGGUGAGAUUAUUCCCCAGGCUGUAUGUUCCCAAUAUGGACUAAGGGUUGGAGCAAAACUUUCACCUCUAGUUCGUGUCAUCGUCAUAAUCCUGUUUCCCAUUUCUUAUCCAAUUAGUAAGUUGCUAGAUUUCCUGCUGGGGAAAAGGCAUUCUGCCCUUCUUCGGCGAGCAGAGCUUAAGACACUGGUAGAUAUGCAUGGAAGUGAGGCAGGAAAAGGUGGAGAAUUGACGCAAGAUGAGACAACAAUUAUAACUGGAGCUUUAGACAUGACACAGAAGACUGCCAUAGAUGCCAUGACUCCUAUAUCUAAAGUUUUCUCCCUUGACAUAAAUUCUAAACUUGAUGAGACAACAUUGGAACUCAUCAUCCGAAAAGGGCAUAGUCGUGUACCAAUAUACUCAGGCAGUCCAACAAAUAUCAUUGGCCUAAUUUUGGUAAAAAGCCUGAUCAUGUGUCGGCCUGAAACCCCUAUCAGAAAUCUUACUAUCAGGACUAUUCCUAAGGUACAUCAUCGUUUACCUCUCUAUGAUAUACUGAAUCAAUUUCAAAAGGGUCAAAGCCACAUGGCAGUAGUUGUUAAGUGCAAGGAUGAUGCAAAGGAGAUUGCCGAGACCACUGCAGAAUCAAAAAUCAGUAUCAUGGAGAUCAAAGGAAAUGGGCAAGUGUAUGUUCAAAGUCCAACUUUAAAGAUGGAGCUGGGCAGCAGCAAUUUAAACCCGCGGGUAAAAAAACAGGAACAGUUAGCUAGUGGAACUUAUUCACAUGAAGGUUCAGGGUCUUCCCUGGUUUCAGAUGAAGCAGUUUUUGGUAUCAUAACACUAGAGGACAUCAUGGAGGAACUGCUACAGGAGGAGAUAUUAGAUGAGACUGAUGAAUAUGUACAUGUUCACAAUAAAAUUACAAUCAAUAUGAAACAGCUUUUGAGUAGAUCACCAUCAAGGUCUCCUGCGGCAGCUGCUCGUUUCCAGUUGAGAGCAAGUCCCAUGGGAUCCCCACUUUCUACAUAUCAUGACAGUCCACUUUCUUCAAGGGGCCUUACUCCUGUGCUGCGUUCGCCAAUUACACCAUACGUUCAAUCUCCAUUCAUUAGGCCAACUCUGUCUGCUUCCCCUGGAAAACCAAUGCCUAUUUCUCCUGCUAAAUUUGCAGUGGCCGCUCGCUACUCACCCUCCCAACAUAAGGUCUCAAGAAAAUCAUAUGAGAAGCUGAGGCAGAAGCAUUGUUCUUAGACCUUGCCGUGGUGCAUGAUACAAAAUCUAAAUUUGCUUGUCUACAUAUGUAACUUUUCAAUUCUAUCCAAAUAAUUAGACUAGCUAGCCAAUUUGAGUCCACAGAAGAUGAUGGGGUCCUUGCAUCUCCAUUUCUUUUGCCAAAAAUGAUGAGGAACUGUCACAUUUAUAUAAUUUAUUGGGUCCCUUUUUCUCCACACAAGUAUUGUUGAUGAACUUUGCAAUCAGUUGAUAUUUCACACUUGCCUCCAUUAAUGAAAUGAUUUGUAUUAG